AUGUCUGUAAGUACUGCUGAACGAUAUGUUUCCUCCUCUUUAUCUUUGCUAAAAAUCUGGAUGGAUGCAAAUGGCCUUGAUCUGUCUCCCUCAAAAAGUACUGUUGUACUUUUCACCAAAUCCCGUACUCCUUGCUCACUUAAUAUAACAUAUGAUGGGGAUAUAUUACCCAUUAGGAAUCAAGUUAAGUUCUUAGGAGCUAUUCUUGAUUCUAAACUAACGGGUCAACCACACUGCGAAUUUGUGGUUAGUAAAUGUGAGCGAAACUUGAACAUGCUGAGAUGUCUCGGUGGGGUUUGGUGGGGUGCUCACCCGGCUACACUGAGGUUGGUGUAUAAUGCUGUCAUUAGAAGUGUACUGGAUUUUGGGACCUUUUUCUUAGACCCAGGUAAUGUGGCUGGCUUUAGAAAACUAGAUCUCAUACAGUCUAGGGCUUUGAGGAUUGUUUCUGGUGCCAUGAAAUCGAGUCCGGUUAAUGCUCUGCAAAUAGAAUGUUGUGACCCUCCUUUAAACUUAAGACGUCAAUAUCUGUCCGAUAGAUUCAUUUUUAGAAUUGUUCAGUUCCAUAAUCAUCCCCUCAUUUCGAAACUAGAGUUUCUUUCUAAAAAAGUACCCUCUUCACAUAAACCUUUACCUUGUCUGUUAAAAAGUUUCCUGAAAUUCAAACAAUUACAAGCCCCAACUCAUUCUUUUCAGGUGCUUCCUUUAUUUGGCGCUUCUUAUGAUUCUCUCUUACUUUCUCCAGUGAUUUGCUUUUCUCUUGGCAUUGAAAAAUCUGAUUUUAAUGCCAAUGAAAAUUUUAAUUGCAAUGUCAAUAGUAAAUGGCCUAACUGGCAUCAAAUUUAUACAGAUGCAUCUAAACACUCCAGUGGGUGUGUUGGUGUUGGAGUGUAUCACAAACAGUACAACAUAGUUCAGAAAAUUAAAUUACCUCCGGAAUCAUCGGUCUUUACCGGUGAAUGUUUUGGACUAUUAAAAGCUCUUGAAUAUGUGCUGUCUUUCAAACUAAAAAAAACCGUUAUAUUUACUGAUUCCUUAAGUGCAUUACAGAGCUUAGCAAAAUUUUCACUAAAACUUAACCCUUUUUUUCAUGUAAUAUUUGAAUGUAAGAGAAAGCUGUUGCACUGCCAAUCACACAACUAUUUAGUAUCAUUUUGUUGGGUACCUAGUCACUGUGGCAUAUCUGGAAAUGUGAAAGCUGACAGUUUGGCCAACAGUGCUACUGUGACCGGUGACGUAUACCCGUACAAGAAUUUUGGCCAUGAUCUUGCUGCUUUGCCCGGCAUAUGCCUCCACAAAUCGUGGAAUAUGUGUUGGGAAGAGAGCGGCCGGAUUAAGGGUCGUUUCUUGUGUGCUAUACAGUCUUCCGUUCCCAGGAAGCCAUGGUUUGCCAAAUUGUCGUUUGGUAAAACCGCCACUUCUACUAUAAUUCGUAUGCGUCUGGGACAUAACAGCCUUCCAGUUCAUUUGCACAAACUUGGUAUCGUAACUAGUACCGCCUUUUCCUUCGUUUUUUAUUAUUUAUAAACUGUAAAUAAAUAAAACGGCGAAUUAUAAAAACGUUAUUACUUGACGCUGGCUAAUGCACAAAACGUGCCAGAGCCAAAAAUAAAGAAGAAGAAGAAAAUUUUACUGACAGGUGACAUUCCACCGUCAUGGCGAAGUCAAAUAGUAUUGCCAUUUUUAAAGCCGUCUAAGGUACAAUCUGAUAUCAAAUCAUAUCGUCCGAUAGUUUUGUCAUCGGUGAUCACAAAAGUUGUUGAACAUUUAAUUAAAAAUCGGCUUGAAUGGUAUAUAGAAAAUAACGAAUAUCUGUCCCAAACUCAGUUUGGAUUUCGAAAAGGUAAAAGUGUGGGGGACAAUUUAGGCAUAUUAGUUACGGAUAUUCGUAAUGCUUUCUCAGAUAAAAAGUCAGUAGUUGCUGCUUUUUUGGAUAUUUAUUCGGCUUAUGAUAACGUUCUAUUACAUAUUCUAAAAAGUAAAUUAGAUAAAUUAAAGGUUCCCUAUUUUUUAACUAAUUCCAUUGUAAAUCUUCUUUCGGAGAGGAAAAUUAUUUUAGAUGUUGGCGGCCCUUAUAAGCCUAGUAGGCUGGUAUGGAGAGGUUUGCCACAGGGGUCUGUUCUGAGUCCUUUAUUGUACAAUAUUUAUACAUAUGAUCUAGAAGGUUCAGUCGGAGAUUCAGCAAGUUUAUUACAGUAUGCCGAUGACUUGGUUAUUUAUGCCUCUGAUAUGUCUGUAAGUACUGCUGAACGAUAUGUUUCCUCCUCUUUAUCUUUGCUAAAAAUCUGGAUGGAUGCAAAUGGCCUUGAUCUGUCUCCCUCAAAAAGUACUGUUGUACUUUUCACCAAAUCCCGUACUCCUUGCUCACUUAAUAUAACAUAUGAUGGGGAUAUAUUACCCAUUAGGAAUCAAGUUAAGUUCUUAGGAGCUAUUCUUGAUUCUAAACUAACGGGUCAACCACACUGCGAAUUUGUGGUUAGUAAAUGUGAGCGAAACUUGAACAUGCUGAGAUGUCUCGGUGGGGUUUGGUGGGGUGCUCACCCGGCUACACUGAGGUUGGUGUAUAAUGCUGUCAUUAGAAGUGUACUGGAUUUUGGGACAUUUUUCUUAGACCCAGGUAAUGUGGCUGGCUUUAGAAAACUAGAUCUCAUACAGUCUAGGGCUUUGAGGAUUGUUUCUGGUGCCAUGAAAUCGAGUCCGGUUAAUGCUCUGCAAAUAGAAUGUUGUGACCCUCCUUUAAACUUAAGACGUCAAUAUCUGUCCGAUAGAUUCAUUUUUAGAAUUUUUCAGUUCCAUAAUCAUCCCCUCAUUUCGAAACUAGAGUUUCUUUCUAAAAAAGUACCCUCUUCACAUAAACCUUUACCUUGUCUGUUAAAAAGUUUCCUGAAAUUCAAACAAUUACAAGCCCCAACUCAUUCUUUUCAGGUGCUUCCUUUAUUUGGCGCUUC